CAAAAAGACCACUAGCCUUCCACAGCCACGCCACGAGUCGUCGUGAACCAGAAUCGAGCACCAAAAGUCAUGCCUAUGAUCAAGCCAGCAAUUGUGUCGCCGGGAGCACCUCAGCAACAUAAGCAGCCUUCGCGAAAAGGCAAGAAAGCCUGGAGGAAAAAUGUCGACGUUACAGAGAUCCAGGAGGGGCUCGAGGAAGUGCGGGACGAAUUGAUCAAAGGAGGUGUAAUUGUCGAAAAAGAUUCUGCAGACCUCUUUACCCUCGACCUCGCUGGCGACGCUUCGAUACAGAAGAAAUAUCUGAAAGGCUCCAAGCCCCUCAAAGCCGACGAGAUCAUUGCCCAGCGCUCUGCCAUACCGGCGGUAUCACAGAAAAAGCGAGCUGGCGACAAGACUACAGAUGGCGUCAUUCAACCCAAGCGUCAAAGGACAAGUUACGUCUCUCAUAAGGAACUUACUCGACUGCGAAACAUUGCCAAUGGACGCCAAAGCGACGCAUUAGUUGAAGUCACAGAAGCAAGCUACGAUCCCUGGGAUGUACAGAAGGAUGUUGAAGAAGCUACUCAAGAUCCGAGAUUCUCCUUCCUCGAGAAGACUAAAAAGAAAGUUGCACCUGCCACCUUGAAACAUAAACCCAUUUCGUUAGCGGCCAAUGGGAGGGAUAUCCCGGCAGUCAAGAAGCCUGAAGGAGGAUACAGCUAUAACCCAGUUUUCACCGAUUAUGAGGAGCGACUUAUCACAGAGGGAGAGAAGGAAUUAGCAGCCGAACAAAAACGUCUUGAUGUUGCGGAAGCCGAGCGGGUAAGGCUCGAAGCAGCUGCGAAGUCUGCAGCCGAGGCUGAAGCUGCUGAAGCGAAGGCGGAUUUAUCCGAAUGGGAGGAAGAUUCUGCAUGGGAAGGGUUUGAGAGCGGAGCCGAAGAUGUGAGAUUGAAUGCCAAGAGACCAGAGAGAAAAACGCAAGCACAGCGGAACCGGAUCAAACGCAGGAAGGAGGAAGAACGAAAGGCAAAAAUGGCAGCGCAUAUCAAGAAGAAAAAUGAGCAAGCCGCCCUUGCCAAGAAAAUCGCUAAGGAUUUGUCAGAGAAGGAUAAAUUACGAAAAUCAGUAGUGGCCGAUGAGGCUGAAAACAGCAGCGAGGAUGACAAUCUUGAGCUACGAAGGAGGAAAUUGGGCAAAGUUGCAUUGCCGGAGAAGGAUCUGGAGCUAGUCCUGCCAGAUGAGUUACAGGAGUCUCUGAGAUUAUUGAAGCCAGAAGGCAACUUGAUGAAGGAUAGGUACAGGAGUUUGCUGGUCAGAGGCAAAGUCGAGAGCCGCAGACCGAUCAGCUUUGCGAAGAAAGCAAAGAGAAAGGCAACGGAGAAGUGGACACAUAAAGAUUUCAUGCUGCACUAGCGCCGGUCAGUCAAGUAUUCGCGGAUGCGCGUCAUGUAAAUGUUGGCAGGACAAUGUUCGUUUUACACAUCACUGGCCGAGUUGUUGAGGCGUUGCCACACAUGCAUUGAAAAGACAUCAAUGACAUCGCAAGAUACGACAGGGCUGACCUUCGGGUAUCACAACAGGGGAUUCCAAUCAAUACUCUUUCUCUCGCACAGACACCAAUAUUAUCACACUUUUAUGUCUCUCAUCUUGUAAACGCUGUCACGAUAGCAGAUCAAAGCCAAAUUAAGUAAUGAAUAUCUCUAUUUUGU